AUGGCCUCCCCCUCGCCGUCCCCGCCCCGCCGCACACCCACCACCGGCGGGAGGCAGUCCCCCUUCUUCCGCGACCUCGCCCGUGCCAUCCCUUCCCACCGGACCUCCGGGUCCCUCGACCCCUCAUCCACGCCGCCGCCGCCGCCGCCGCCGCCGCCGCCGCCGCCGCCCCUUUUCACCCUCGACGACCGCCUAUACGCACAGGAUUUCUCCCCUGAUCGAUCCGCCUCCAACCUCCUCCCCGUCGCUCCAUCCCCAUCCCCACCCACGCGCGCUUCCUCCGCCAGCCGCCCGCCCUCAUGGGACCGGUCCCGCGGCAUCCCCCCCGGUCCGUGCUCGCUGGGUGACUGGCUCGUGGAGCCGGCCCGUAAAGAGGUCCUCGCGCUGCCCCCGCCAUCGCCGCCUCCUACUCGUGCGGCGAACGAGGAGGUGCGAUCGCCGGUGAUCCCGUUGCCUGCGCCGCCCAGGACGGCUCCAUCAGCGAGCGUCACGGGGGCCGACGGGGAGGAGUGGGUCACCGUGUUCGGAUUCACCGCGAGGGAGACCAACCUUGUUCUGCGAGAGUUUGGGAAGUGCGGAGUGAUACUGAGACACUGCUCUGGCCCAAGAGAUGGUAAUUGGCUUCACAUAUUGUAUCAGCACCAAUACGAUGCUCGAAGGGCCCUUGAAAAGAAUGGAAUCCAGCUGUUUAGUGGCGUUGCAAUUGGGGUUAAAAUUACUGAUCCAGCGCAGCUGCAAAUGGAUGAGAAGAUGAGUGAGAGCAAUUAUAAAGGUUUCAUGGUUUCCUUGCCUUCGAAAUCAUCUAUCCAGAAUGCAGGGGCAUCAAGCAAUUUAGGAGAUCUCCCACGUCCCUAUGACCCAAAAGCUGGCAGAAAUAUUAACAGAGACAUGGGUUGUUCAACAGGAAGUGUUGCCAUGCCAGCAAAAUCAGUAUUGGUGAAAACUAUGGACUUGAUUUUUGGCAUUUGA